CUCUGUUAUAUAUUGAGAUACCCCAAUUUUAACACAAAAGCUAUUCUCUUGGAGAUCGAGGAGUUCAAUAUUGUUAAGGAUUGAUCAGGAGCGUUUGUCAGAGCAGGCCAAGCUUCUUCUUCUUACACAUUGAUUUCCAGCACGCACCCACCAGUCCACAGCUCUACAAUCAGAGAGCCUCUUUCUCUCACUUCAACCCCAGUAAGCCGUCACAAGCAAAGAACACCAAGAAAAGUACAAGAAAGCAUGGAAAAUGGAACUCUGAACCAUGGGGUGGACACGGGUUCAACCAUCACCAUCAAAGGCAUUCUUAUCCUGUUAAUGGAAAGCAUCGAUGAAAACAAUGACAAGAGGGUGAUUUCUCUGGGCAUGGGUGACCCAUCUGCUUAUUCAUGCUUUCACACCACCCAUGUUGCCGAGCAAGCCGUUGUGGAUGCUCUCCAAUCUGAGAAGUUCAAUGGUUAUGCACCCACUGUUGGUCUUUAUCAAACAAGAAGAGCAAUUGCUGAGUAUUUGUCUCGUGAUCUUCCAUACAAGUUAUCAUCUGAUGAUGUGUUUGUCACAUCUGGUUGCACACAAGCUAUUGAUGUUGCACUGGCAAUGCUUGCCCGCCCUGGUGCGAACAUCUUACUUCCAAGGCCAUGCUUCCCAAUUUAUGAACUUUGUGCUGGUUUUAGAAAUCUUGAAGUUCGGUAUUUUGAUCUUCUCCCUGAGAAAGGCUGGGAGGCUGAUCUUAAUGCCAUUGAGGCUCUUGCGGAUCAGAACACUGUUGCAGUGGUAGUUAUAAACCCUGGGAAUCCUUGUGGGAAUGUUUAUAGUUACCAACAUCUAAAGAAGAUUUCAGAAACUGCAAAAAGACUUGGAAUUCUUGUAAUUGCUGACGAAGUAUAUGGGCACCUUGCUUUUGGGAAAAAUCCAUUUGUGCCAAUGGGAGUUUUUGGAUCUGAAGUUCCUGUUCUAACUCUAGGGUCUCUAUCAAAAAGAUGGAUAGUACCCGGAUGGCGACUUGGUUGGUUUGUGACAAGUGAUCCCGGGGGAAUGUUUCGGGAACCCAAGACUAUCAAGCGUAUUAAGAAGUAUUUUGACAUUCUGGGGGGCCCUGCAACCUUCAUUCAGGCAGCGGUUCCUAGCAUCCUUGAGCAAACCGAAGAGGUUUUCUUCAAGAAAACUAUUAAUUUACUGAAGGAGGCAUCAGAUGUUUGUUAUGAUAAGAUAAAGGAGAUCCCUUGCAUUACCUGUCCACAUAAACCAGAGGGGUCUAUGGCUGUAAUGGUGAAGCUGAAUCUUUCACUACUCGAAGAUGUCAGUGAUGACAUUGAUUUCUGUUUCAAGCUGGCCAAGGAGGAAUCUGUUGUCAUUCUUCCAGGAACUGCUGUGGGGCUAAAAAAUUGGCUUCGUAUUACUUUUGCUGUUGAUCCUUCUUUUCUUGAAGAAGGUUUAAGCAGGACGAAAUGUUUUUAUCAAAGACACGCAAAACUGUUAUAAAGACACUAAACAAUUGAAGUCAGCCACUGUCAUCAAAAUCUUCUUCCAAACGUUCACAGUACAAACUUGUGUUUAUAGUGGACAAAAUAUUUCAGUAAGAAUAGCCAUGUUUAGCAGAUGCGAACUGUCUCCCUCAAAGUUGUAAAACACUUCAUAAUAGUGAUCAAUUAUGCUAAAUUAUUAAUCCUAAUAA